GACGGAUGUUUGGGGGUGGAUUUUUGCCUUUUUGCCUGAUUGGAGCAUUGGGAUCCUGUCAGGUGUUCUGCUUUUCAGGCUAAAAUGCAUAGUGAAGACAGCUGCUUGAUAUUGGAGCUGUUCUCAGUGGAGGGGCAAAAAGAGACAGAGGCUAAGUAUGCCACGGUACACAGUGCAUGUCCGAGGGGAAUGGCUGGCAGUGCCUUGCCAAGCUGGUACUAACACGAUCAGAUGGCUGGGAGAGGAAGCUGUGAGACGUUACAUGAAAAACAAGCCUGAUAAUGGGGGCUUUGCCUCUGUAGAAGCAGUAAAUUUUUUUGUUCGGAGAUGUAAAGGCCGUGGCUUGUUGGAUCAUGAUGAUGCCGUGGAGGGUGUCCUAGAGGACAAUGAGUUUGUUGAAGUUGUUAUUGAGGGAGAUGCAAUGUCUCCAGAUUAUAUUCCAUCUCAGCCGGAUGAAAUUUAUACAUAUAGCAAAUACCGAGAACCAGGAAAGUAUAUUUCUUUAGAUGGAGACAAUUUGACAACAGAAGACUUGGUCAGUUUGGGGAAGGGGCUCUACAAGAUCAAGCUCACACCUCGAGCUGAAGCUAAAGUCAGACAAUCAAGAGAGGUUAUUGAAAGCAUUGUAAAAGAACAGACAGUUGUUUAUGGAAUCACUACUGGCUUUGGGAAGUUUGCCCGGACUGUCAUUCCAAACAGUAAGCUCAAGGAACUCCAAGUGAAUUUAGUUCGCUCCCAUUCUGCAGGUGUUGGGAAGCCUUUGAGCCCAGAGAGAUCUCGCAUGCUUUUGGCUCUAAGGAUCAAUGUCCUAGCAAAAGGAUACAGUGGGAUAUCCCUGGAAACUCUGCAGCAAGUUAUUGAUGCAUUUAAUGCAUCUUGCCUGCCUUAUAUACCCGAGAAAGGAACAGUUGGAGCCAGUGGAGACUUAGCCCCACUUUCUCAUCUUGCCCUGGGGUUAAUAGGAGAAGGAAAGAUGUGGUCCCCAAAGAGUGGCUGGGCUGAUGCUAAAUAUGUGUUGGAAGCCCAUGGUCUGAAGCCAAUUACCUUGAAACCAAAGGAGGGUCUGGCUCUUAUCAAUGGAACACAGAUGAUCACCUCUCUGGGAUGUGAAGCAGUUGAAAGAGCCAGUGCUAUUGCUAGACAAGCUGACAUAGUGGCUGCGCUUACACUUGAGGUCCUGAAGGGUACAACUAAAGCCUUUGAUACUGAUAUUCAUUCAGUGCGUCCACAUCGGGGGCAGAUGGAGGUGGCUUUCCGAUUUAGAUCGCUUUUGGAUUCGGAUCACCAUCCAUCAGAAAUAGCAGAGAGUCACAGAUUUUGUGACAGAGUCCAGGAUGCAUAUACAAUGCGCUGUUGUCCUCAGGUCCAUGGUGUGGUGAAUGAUACAAUAGCUUUUGUAAAGGGCAUAAUCACAACUGAAAUUAAUAGCGCAACAGACAAUCCUAUGGUUUUUGCUGACAGGGGAGAGACUGUUUCUGGGGGAAAUUUUCAUGGUGAAUACCCUGCAAAGGCUCUGGACUACCUGGCGAUCGGUGUUCAUGAACUAGCUGCAAUUAGUGAAAGGAGAAUUGAAAGACUCUGCAACCCCUCACUCAGUGAGCUGCCUGCCUUUCUUGUCACUGAAGGUGGUCUGAACUCUGGUUUCAUGAUUGCACACUGCACAGCUGCAGCCCUGGUUUCUGAGAAUAAAGCCUUGUGCCACCCCUCUUCUGUGGAUUCUCUCUCAACCAGUGCUGCUACAGAGGAUCAUGUGUCCAUGGGAGGAUGGGCUGCAAGAAAAGCCUUGAGAGUUAUUGAACAUGUUGAACAAGUGUUGGCAAUUGAACUUCUUGCAGCCUGCCAGGGCAUUGAGUUUCUACGCCCCUUGAAAACAACUACCCCAUUGGAGAAAGUCUAUGACCUUGUGCGCUCUGUUGUAAGGCCUUGGAUGAAGGAUCGCUUCAUGGCUCCAGACAUUGAGGUGACUCACAGGCUCCUUGUAGACCAAGAGGUUUGGAAAGUAGCUGAACCUUACAUUGAGAAAUACAAAAGAGAACAUAUUCCUGAAUCAAGACCCACUUCACCUACAGCUUUUUCCUUGGGUUCCUUGAUGGUAAAUGAUAAAUGUGUUGAGCAGGAGGAUAAUGAUGUUCAGGAAAAGCUUUAAACAUUCAGUUAAGUCUGAUAUAGAGAAACAUUCCUUCCAAUGCUUCCUUUGAGGGACAUUAUUUCAUGCCCCCAGAAAAAUCAUAUUUAUGUCAACGAAUUGAUUGAAAAUCUGUGGAUGACUGAGAAAUUAUUUGCCAGUUUCCCCACCUGUAAUAAAGCAGUGUGGCGUUAUAGAGUGGUUUAAGUUGAAUAGGACGUAUUGCAACAACAAAACUUAAAACGGUUGGCUAAAUUAAAACAUAUUUGUAAAACUGAUGAUUUCAGGGGACUUGCAUCUACCUGUUCCAGCUCUGAAUUUGGACAAAUGAGAUUAAAGAUGGUACAAUUGGUUUCAGUAGCAAUAUGCCAAACCCUACAGUACUUGCCUGGGUAAAACUUCUGUGAAAGUCAAUGGGAUCUUAGUUGAAGUGCUGUGUGAUUUGGGUUAAUGCUUUUAUUUACUAUGUAUAAAUAUAGGUGGAACACACUUCUUCAUAUUAUGUAGUUGGUAACUAUAAUUGCAGAAUUUUAUUGGGUUACCACUUUCUUACUGAUUGAAUGUUAUUUAAAUAAAAAUAAGUUCUUCCUGUGAA